AACAUUAAAAAUAUUAAAAUGAAAUUUUAUAUUCACUGAUUUUCAUCUUUUAUUAAAUAAUAAAUAAAAUCGCUAUAGAUACAUUGUUACUACAAGACUUGCUAUAAUUUAGUCUAUUGAUCUUGUUGCUAAGUGAUCCAAGCGCGGUUCUUUCAAAUUACAUAUUGUUUCAUGGCAGUGACAUCAGAUGGCGACACGUAUGCGGUCGUCAAAAAGUGACAGCUCGAACUGUCAGCGGUAUGCAUACCGCCGCGUUUCUGCUGCAAAUAAGCACUUUAUAACGGAUCGAAACGACGGCUAAACCUUUUCGUGAAGCCUUCCGCUGUUUUAAAAGUCGAAACGAUUCAUGAAAGAAAGAUUAACGGUGUAAAACGUGAGACAGUGCGCGAAACGGUGGGUGUGCACGCAAAAGAGAACGGCUUGCCGGCUCGGCCAGUCUACUGGAAGAUUCCAUUGUGAGUGGGCUUUCAAAAAGUUUUAUCUCCAAAAAUCCAGUGUUUUCGUGCGUUUCAUCGUUCGCCUAUAGAUGAAAGUUGAAUGUCAGACGUCCAAUGGAUUAACGUCGCGACGUGGCGGUGAACAGGAGAGGCAAAGGACAAUCCCGUUCCAAUUUGGAAUUUCGAAGACGUUUCAGCGUUAGGAAUCGUUCGUAACGAUCUUUGUUACACGGUGUUAAUCGCGGAAGCUCAAGAGCCCGAACGAGCGAGGACAAAACGAGAAAAUCCGAGGGAAACUACUCGACUAACACCGAGUCACCCUUGUAUCAUAAGCAGAUUAGAUUAGAUUAAAUUAAAUACCGAACGCUUCUCGCUCUCGUCGUUAGAAUCACGACGAACGAACUUGUACAUCGUAUAUAUAUAUAUACGUGGUGUAGCCUGAGGUACGGCCAUAAACAGAGAGAGAGAAAAAGAGAUAGAGAGAGAAAGAAUUGAAGUGAUACAUUUAAAUAUAUAUAUAUAUAAAAUAUAAAUAUACAUACACGAGUAAAAUCAAGAAGGGAAAUUAAGACGAGAUGUACAGAGAUCCGAACAGUUCCUCGGGAAGCGGCACCUCCACAAAGGACGACGAGGUCGAGAUCGUUAGCAGAUUUUUGGCGCCUUUGUGCGCGAGAGAUGAAGCUGCCAGAAACAUCGCCUUGGCGGCGGCCAGGAACACGGUCGAGGGAUGGCUCGGAGGGGUUGGUAGUCCGAAUCAUUCGGACGACACCGGUGAGAUGGAGAAUUCGGAGAAUCUGGGGGGGAAGUUCAAGAGCCAGGAUGGAAGAUACGACAUGAACAUGGAGCGAUCACCGACCAAGUCGGCACCGAAGAACGUCCAGCCUCCUCUCCAGCAGGCUCUGCUUCAAGACACGUUCAGGACGGAGGGUUUCUUUCCUCAGAGCGUCACCGAGAAUCCCGCAUUCCUCGAAGAUACCAGCCUCGACUGUUCCGAGAGAUAUCCGUCGGGCUCGUUCGAUUGCGUGGACGGGCGUCUUGGAAACGAAACGGGCUACGGUACACCGAACGAGAGGCGAAGAUACGUGGCCGACGUGGACAGUUACAGGUCCGGCCACUCGACGUCCUCCGACGAGGGGAAAGGUUUCAAGAUCGAUUCUCAGGACAGGUGUCUAAGGUUUAAGGACACGUCGGAGGCGCGAUUCGGGUCGAGCAGCGAGAGCGAGAGGAAAUACCUCGGCUCGUCCUCGAGCGAGAGAUUGAACGAGGCGUGUCUGGAGGAUAGGCCCAGAGCGAAGAACUACGUGAAGGUGAAAGGCGCGAAGCAGAAGCAGCUCGAGGAUGACGAGCUUGACUCAGAUAUAAGGAUAUACGGGAAGAGCCCGAAAUUCGACGAGAACUUGGGCGCGAAUUUCGACCGGAGGAAUUUGAACUUCCGCCCGAAGGGCGACAUCCUGCCGCGGGAACGACUCUGUUACGACAGUGUGGACGAUGUCUCUUUCGACGAGACCGAGAUGACGAUCAGGAACCGGGACGGGGUUGUGUUCAACACUCUGGACGGUUUCGAGAACGAGAACGCCAAUGAGAUAUAUCACAGGCAGGACGACAAUCGUGCGGAGGACACGAAGUUGAAGAACUUCGAGAUCUAUCAGGAUGAGACGUUGGACGAUGGCAGGCUUCGUUCCGCUCGUGUCGAGUUGCCGCAAGAUUAUUUGAGGAAAAACGAGGAACGGAAGUUCAGCGCUGGACAGAUCAAGAGACCACUCUCCCAGGACGAAGAUGUCUCUUCGAAGAGUGGCAGGGUGUUGGAGAGUCCUGACGUCACGCCCGGGGAUGUUGGUAGGAUGCUUAAUCUGGGAAAUGCUCUGGAUGGGCCGAGGCAAGCCCAGGCGAAUAAGUAUUUGAGCCUGGUGACGUUGCAUCUACCGGUGAUAUUGAGGCUUAGCGUGAACUGCCCCUUCCAGAAUGUUAGGAUCAAGUGUGCGGAGAUUCUGGAGAUGGUUAAGGAUAGAGGACUUCCAGUACCAGUGCCAGCUUUCGAUGGACCUAGUGCCUUCGUCCCUACGUCCGAGUUGCCAGAUUUGAACAAUCUUGAUGAAAAGACUCAUAUUCUGUUGAUGGAUGCGUUCCUCCAGAACAACAGGCUGGAUCAUGUCUCCAGGGUGAUGGCCUCGCAUCCCUCGUACUUGGAGCAUUUUCUCCGCACCCAACAUUUCAUCCUGAGGGGUGACGGACCGCUUCCUUACGACUACAGGCAUCUCAUCGCCAUUAUGGCUGCUGGUAGACAUCAAUGCAGCUAUUUAAUAAACCUGCAGAAAGGAGAGUUCAUCCUCCAAGGCGGUGAUCCAUCUUGGCUUCGUGGUCUGAAGUCGAUCCCGGGAAAACUACAAGAUCUCUAUGAGAUUAACAAGAUUUUAGCUCAUAGGCCGUGGUUGCUGAACAAAACGCACAUAGAGAAGUUGACCAAAGGCGCGGACAGUUGGUCCUUGGCCGAGGUCGUUCACGCGAUAGUUCUUCUGGCCCACUUCCACUCCCUUUCGUCUUUCGUCUUUUCCUGCGGUAUUAACGAAGAGCUGGACAACGUAGCCGGUCACCAUUACAAAGAGAACGUCCAGGAUAAUAGCAAUAACGUACCAACUGCCAAAGACAAACUUUCCAGUAGUCCCAAGAAGAUCCCCAAUGGCGACGGCAAGACUGAAAACAUGCCAUCGCCGCCAUCCUCGCCGAGCAUAGUAGGUGAACAGGAGGUCGGCGUGGAGGCGCUCAUGGAACGUAUGAAACGCCUUUCCGAGAAAUCGGAGUCGUACCAGAUCACGCAAGAGGAACUGUCGAAGAGAUUCGAGACCGUGGAGACCCAGUCCGCCGAGUUGGCAGCCGCGCCUCAGAGGAGUAGUUCGGUCCUCGACUCUGACAUCGGUCAUUUCAUCGAAGAUCCUACCUUCAUCUAUCAGGAUUUCGCCAAGCGUGGCCAAUUGAGCGACAUACCCACGUUCCGCGUGCAAGACUACUCAUGGGACGAUCAUGGUUAUUCAUUGGUGAACCGUCUCUACAACGACGUCGGUAAUCUGCUCGACGACAAAUUCAAAACGGCGUACAAUCUCACCUAUUACACGAUGGGCACGCACAGCAAGGUGGACACGUCCCGUUUCAGACGGGCGAUCUGGAAUUACAUUCAGUGCAUGUUCGGUAUCAGGCACGACGAUUACGAUUACAACGAGGUUAACCAGCUCCUCGAGCGCAGUCUGAAGACGUUCAUCAAGAGCGCCGUUUGUUACCCUGAACGCGUGACCAAAAGGGAUUACGAUCGCGUGAUGAGGGAAUUCAAGCACAGCGAGAAGGUCCACGUGAACCUGAUGAUCCUGGAGGCACGAAUGCAAGCCGAGCUAUUGUACGCGCUUCGCGCCGUGAUGCGAUAUAUGACCUAAGCGAAGCAUCGUCGCCUAAGCUCCUUCGUCUACUUGCUGUCUGUCAGUUUGUCGUCGGUUUAUUUUAUCGUGUAACUCGCGCCACGGAUAUUCGCGAGUCGUCUUUGCGGAUUCUGCACACGGCACAGAAAGGAACGAGCGAACGCGACACCGAUUCUCAUAUAUUCAGUAUAUUAAAAGAAUCUAUCUUCACCACACGUACCCAUCAUCUACACACAAUUAUCUUUAUCCAUCCAUAUAAGAGGAGAGAGGAGCUCAAGUUAUGAUGUAUACUCACACGUACACACGCGUAUGUACAACAAAACAAACACGUACAAACGCAUACACACACACACACACACACACACGUAUAGAGAAAGAGAGGGGAAAAGCGGCCCAAGUUGUCCAUUGUGAAAGAUCGUUUGCAGGGUGUCCGCCGUUUGCUCGUAACUUUAAACGACCGAGAAUUCUUUGAUGAGUCAGUGCUGAAUCUGGAAGAAGCAAUCGAAACGAGAGGGAAAAUCGCGGGACGCGUGGAAGAAGAGAGAAAAAUUAGACGCGAUAUGCGUCGUAUAUACACCGACGAAUGUUGAUCGAUCACGGCAACAAGAAAAAAAAAAAAAAAGAAUAAUUAUCACCCAUCCUUGAAUCGAUGGUAGGCUAUCGAUGGUUUCGUCUCUGAUGGAUCGUUCGAGGCGCAUCAUUCGACAGCUGUCUUAUUGUAUUUGGCGCGCAACCGUUUCUACUUCCGGGAACGCGGAUGCGCUUUUUUUUUUCCGCACGGUUUACUUUUCGAAUUUUUUGAAAACCCCUGAUCUGGGGUGGAGAGAAGAGGAUACCUGGGAGAAAAAAAGAGAAACCGAAACAUUGAACAGACAAGCACAGAAGAGGAGAGAAAGAGAGAGAGAGAGAGAGAGAGAGAGAAAGAGAGAGAGAAAGGUUUAUCAUUUGUUUUGUAAAUAGACACUCGUAUUUUUCUAUGUUCGCGAAGAAUAUCUUGUGUAGUAGAUUGUUAUUUGCGCGUUUCGUUAUAUCGUUUCAGAUCUGUUGAAGCUUUUACCCCUUACCCCGACCAUAGCAAUCUUUUGAUAGAGUUGGAAAUAUCUAGACGCUUUUCGACGAUGUACCUUCCCGCUUUCCGUUUUACAACACUCGCACACGUGUACCAUAGAAGAUAUAGUGAUUAUUGCAGUAUGUGCGCGAUUCCUCCUUUUUUUUUUUAUGCGCCUUUUUCUAUGUUUCAUUUUCCUUUUUCUAUGUUUUAUUACUAACUAACGCGUUUAGAGGGCGAAACAUGAAGUUUGGGAUAAAGGGGAAAGGGAGAGAAGUGCGGGUGUCCGUCUUUCUUCGCGGUACUUUGUAUAUCGAGACGAUUUGCUGAUACGGCACUGCAAUUAAUCGUAAGGAUAAAUUAAGAAAUGUAUUAGUACACUAUGUUUCAAAUUAUGGGAAUGGCCAAAUUGUCGAACGGGUCUCGUCGUUCAUCGCCGUCCUCGUCCGAUUUGUCCGGUCAGACAGCGCGACACGUGCGAGAGACGAGGAUGAAAUGCGGCGAGGAGAAGCGAGAAUGCAAAUGGAAGGAAAAAAAAGAAAAAAAAAAAAAAAAGAAAGAAAGGAAAAGGAACAGUUUGUCUUUCGCGCUAUGGCCGCGUUUCGCGCUGUACAUAUUAUAUAUGUUUUAACCUCGUUUAAUUUCAUUGACUAUCGUAUAACGAGAAAGCUAUAAUAUAAAAAAAAAAAAAAAAAAAAAAAAAAUGACAAAAAAGUGUACCUUCGUUUUCGUCGUAUUCGUGUGUGUCGAGAAGCACAGGUGUGAUAAAAACGAAGUCUUUAGAUCGUAGGACGAUCUGCGCGCGAGCGCAUGUGCGGCCCCGAGGCGCGGUUAAUUUCAAAUCGUCGCAGUUUGGCGGGCCGCUGGGAUGCGCGCAUGCGCAGAGACAAGCAAUGCCUAUCGGCUGUGUUUAUUUACGAUGGAUCAUGGCGCUACUGUCACCAACCCAGAAAUAUUGCGACAAUGUAUCAUUCUCGAGCGAAAAAUCGAGCGAAGAAGAUGAAGAAGAAGAAAAAGAAGAUAAAGAGGGAGAAAACAAGUACAUAGUAGGAGGCGCGUGAGUCGCGCGCGCUGUACCAAACAUUUCAAACAAAAUUUCUUCGUCCCUUUUUGUCCGAAGGCCAGGCGUCUUUCGACGAGCUUAAAACGUGCGGCUAAACUUGCUCACGUGGUCGCGCGUUCAAUCUUUUUGGUAUAACGAUGGUACAGCGUUCGCGAGUCGAAUCGAUUUUUAAACGACGUAAAAGAAAGAAAUAAAUGGCAUGGACCAAGCGAAGGGGCGAACGAUCGUGAACAAACAAAUAAAAAAAAAAAAAAAAGAAAUAAGAGAACGAAGACUCGAAACGAUUGUCCGUUUACGCGCGUGCGUUUUAUCAACGAAUUUUCAUGCCUUUCGCGUAACGUUGUUUUAUCAUAACGACGUAGGAAGCUCGUAGGAAAAGAAGACAAAGCGAAGAGAACAAGAGAAACAUUUAAUAAGAAUAAAUAUGUUCGCCCCUUCUGAUCAUCAAAAAAUGGUUAGAAAAAAAAAAAAAAAUAUUAGAACGUACGCGCGGCAUUAAUGUGCGAGAAGAAGGACAGAGAGGCUGUUUAAACAAAUCAAAUCCAUAUUAAGUCGUUAAGGUAUACACGGAAGAGAACGUGUGGCACAAAAAGAAAAAAAAAAAAAUGAAGUAGAAUGGAAAAAGAAAUAAGCAAACUCUAUACACGCGAAUUACACGUGUCUGUGAUCGCAUAUUAUAUAUAUAUAAAAUAGAUGUAUAACACAUAUAUGCAUUAUCGAGAUGAGAAACAAAAAAAAAGGGCUGAUAUAUAUUAUAUAUAUGAAUAUUAUAUAUAUACAUAUAUAUAUAUUUGUAUGUACGCAUGCGUACAUACGAAAGCGUCUAUACGUUUUACGAAAAAAAAAAGAGAGAGGAGUGGAGCGCGCGUGAUUGUAUUAUCGAUAUUUGCACGAAAGAGAGCAAGAAGGGAGAGCAAAACGACAAAAAGAUAAAAAAAAAAAAAAGAAAAAAAAAAGAAAAAAACAUCUGAGAUAUACGUGUAGCGUUUGUAAAUUAACGGUGUCUCUUUAAUUAUGUAAUUGUGUAUAUGCGCGCUCUGAAAAUUAUCGUAUAUAUGAUUCGGAGUAAUUGCGUUUCUAUGGAAGAGUGUUGGUCGCAUGUUUCUCUCGAUCGCAUAUUGGCCGAGAAGUUAACGCGAAAUCGAUUCGAUAUCUGUCCAAUCUGUAGAUUUAAACGCUCGUUUAAGGGAAACAAAUUUUUUUUUUCUUUGUAAAUCUCGUGGAGUUGUGCAGCGACCGAUUCGCGAUCGAGAGAGGAAAAGAGGUGGAGGAGGACAGCUGGAUCCGACGGUAUUAAGAGAAAUUAAUUAAUUACGAUUGAAGCAGCGAACAAGCACACACACACACACACACACACACACACACACACACACACACACACACACACACACACCUUUAGACUUUUCGACCAACAGCGACGCGUUUUCAACAACGUCCCCACAUAUCACUUGAAAAGUUUAAUCAAAGAGCGAGUCUCGCGAGCGUCGAUCGUUUUUUAGAAACGAUCUUUUAGACGUAGACGGGAUUAGAGAUGGCGCCAUCGAGCGUUUUCUUCGUUCGUUCUUCGCUGUAUACGUUAUUCUUCGUUCAUCGUUUCGAGAAGAUUUUUUUUAGAGAAAUUGUCAAAUAAUUUUCAAGAUGUGUACACCUCAAUGUUUCAUUUAACGAAUAUCGAAAUAUUUCUUGAGGGGUGACAAUCUCUGUAAGAAAUCUUUAAGAUUCGAUAGAUUCUUAUAAAUCUACAAAAAGAAAAAAAAAAAGAAGUCGUUUGAUUAGUCAUGCCGUAGCACACGAGCGAACGAAACCACGAGGGAAAAUGACGAGUUACUCUAUUACAGUAUUCAACGUUUCUUUGACGAUUCAUUUAUCUCUACAAUUCUCUUUCUCUCUCUUUCUCUUCUUUUUCAUUUUUUUCUCCUUGUCUUCACCGCAUUCUUCCGUACUUUUCUCUUUAUCCCCUUCGAUUAAUUAUUCUUUUCUUUCACGUAAUGAUCGAACACACGUGAUAUACACAUAGCGUACACACAGAUAUAUAUAUAUACACAAUGGAUUGCCUGUGAAUGAUUAGAGAACGCAGAGAGAGAUUAAUCGUUUACAGAGCCGCUACUCUUGACGCGAAUAACUUUCGGUUCUUUCUCUUCUUCUCGGUUUUGCAUAUUUCAGAAGAAAAACAGGGAAAAUUCGAUAUGUAUUCCUUCUCGAACGUUUGUCGAGAAUUGUGUUCGUAUUUAAUAAUGUUUUUUUAUAAUGCGAUAUUUAAAAAAGAAAAUUAUUUAAACGCGCAUAUAUGUAUAUAAUAUUUAAUGUAUUCCUUUUAUUUUUUAUCGAUUCAGCGCGUCGACACGGCGUGUAAACGGUUAAGAAAGAAGCGAGGAAAAUUUUGAAAAAAAGCAAAGGAAAGGGAUAGAUCUCUCUGACCAAAGAUAAUUUUUUCGCUAUCGAGGCUUGUCGAGGCAACCUUUUUAUUCGAUCAUCAUCCGUUUUUUUUGUACACUAAUUUUCAUCGAAAAAUCGUAUUCCUCAUCGUAUUUUAUUCACCGUCUUUUGAAAGUAAAAAAGAAAGAUUCGUCUUUGAGCUAAAUACCUCACUUUCUUCUCCAUUCCAUCUUUCUUUAUAUACAUUUAUAUAUAUAUAUAUAUAUUUCUCUCUUGUUUCUUCUUAUUUGCCCGCCUUUCUCUUUCUCUCUUUCUUCGCAUAGUAGCUCGUUUACAUUCAACUCGUUUAUAAAUUGUAAAAACAAAAAUAUUUGUGAAUCGUAAAAAAAAAAAAAAAAAAAAAAAAGCGGAGAGAACUCGACGGAGAGAACGCCUCGAGGCGAUAUGAGAGGAAUUAAAAGAGUUUUGCGAUGUUCGCGGCACGAAUCGACGUCCGUAAUGAUCUCAUGAAGUAAAUAAGCAUUCUAAUAGUUUGGGGGGAGAGAAAGAGAGAGAGAGAGAGAGAGAGAGAGAGAGAGAGAGAGAGNAGAGAGAGAAAGAGAGAGAGAGAAAGAGAGGAGCGAGAAACGAAGCUCCACGCUUGUUAGAUUUAGAGAGAAAGAAGGAAAUUGUCGUUUUAUUAGCGAGAAAUGGGGAGAAGGAAGAAGGUUGGGCGAGGAGAUAACGAUCUUCAUUGAUAAUUUUCUUUUUAUUUCUCCCUCUCCGAUCUUUUGGCGCGAUUCUCUCUCGCCAAUAUGACGGCGGCGUGUAUUUUUACCAUUUAUUUCUCUACUAUUUUUUAUUUUAAGCUAAGGAAACCUGGAUGGAGACUCGAAAUAGUUUUUUCGGUUUCCCCGGUUUUACGCGUUUUAUUUUAAAAUAAGGAACGGCGAGAGGAUCGCGUCACAAGAAUGGGAUUUAGAAGUUUGACGCCUCGAUUUAAAAAGGGAAAAAAAAAAAAAAGACAGCGCAAAGAAUGAUAAAAUAAAAAAAAAUUGUGGAGGUGGACGAGGAAAAGAGAAAAAUGAAAAAAAAAAAAAAUAAAGACUCGGAGAGUAUUCGAUCGAAAAGUAAGAGCGAGGUAUUUGCAAGAUUAGAUACAACACCACAUACAUACAUAACACGCGUUAUAUGUGUAUCGCUUCCUUGCUUUCUUCUUAAUUAUUUAAUAAUUAAUUUUAAUAAUAAUAAUUAUUUUAUUUCGUUUCAUUCUCUUUUUUUUCCUUUUUUUUUUUUUUUUUUUUUUUUUUUUUUUUUUUUCUUAAAAUUUCGACGAUAGAUCGACAGGCUCACACACUCAAACACACUCACACACAUCUUAUAUAGAGAGAACGUGUAUUUUUCGGGAAAAUCUACCCAUUCAUCAAAUCGCGUGUUCGCAUUGCGAGCUCGAGCCACCUCCGAAAGUCACAAAAAAAAAGUAAUAAUAAAAAUAAAAUAAACAUGCAUAUUACAAUAGAAAAAGGUGAAAAUCGUAUAAAAAGAAAAUAAAAAAAAAAUAAAUAAAUAAAAAAAAAUAUUAAAAAAAAAGAAAAAUAAUGGAACAACAUUUACAUGCCACCGUGUCGAGUAUGAUCGUGUGAUAAUUACAAGUGAUUUGACUAGACCCUUCCAAAUGGAUUCAGUCGGUUAUAUUAUUAUUAUUGUAUCGUCGUCGAGAGAAGUAGGCACGCUUGUGUGUCAGCUCGAAUCCGCCCGAAUCUGCCGUAACUCCUAUUUUCGAUAUUUCAUUUAUAUAUAUAUAUAUUUUUUCUUCGUUUCUUCUUUUUAUCUUCUUUUAAUCUUUUAUAGCUCGCUCGAAUACAAAGAUUCUUCCUCAAAUCCCCAAAGAAAAACUCGCGAGAAUUCCAAUCGCGCGACUCCGCCUGUAACAUCACAGUCACGUUGAUUCGAUUAAGCGACGCGGUCGACGCCUAAUCUUAUCAUAGACCGUGGCGUGAGUCGCCUAAAUUCCUCGCUUCGAGGCUCACGAUGGAAUUAUUUCGAGGAUAAAAAGAGCGUUUCGAGAUUUCUUUAGCUUCCGUCAAUGUAAUACAAAUCUAUUUUGAUGUUUUGAUUGAAAAGAUAUUGUUAAAAGAUUUCGAAAAUUUCGAAGAAAAGGAAAAAAGAGAAGGAGGGAUGAGAGAUGGUACUGCGAAUCGAGCUGACAACUAGCUGUGAAAGUGUUAAGUAUGUGGAGGGUCGUAUGUGAUGUGAUUUCUUUUAUAUCAUAACGAAUGAUGAACACUAAGAAAUGUUAUAGUUUCAUAUAAGUGAUAUGUUAUUUGUCAUUUAUUUUAUCCCUUAAUAAAUGAUGUUAUAUAAAAAAAAAAAAAA